CUGGCCCAUUCAUCCGUUGAAAAAUGAUUUCAAACUCAAAAACAUCUACAAUUUUCACCAUUUUAUGCUCGUUGCUGGUCAGCGUUGCAUUGACAAGUGUUCAUGCUGCAAGCUUACGAACAGCAAAGCGGGCUACAACUUGUAACGGUUCAUCGCAAUUAUGUGACAGAUUGUACAGCAACGUAACAUUUGCCGGUGCACAUAAUUCUUACGCAAUCGUUCAUAGCGGUACAACUUUGGCUUCAAAUCAAAAUGCUUCCAUUACUUCUCAAUUAAAUGCUGGAAUACGAAUGCUACAAUCUCAGGCGCACAAAUCGUCAAAUUCAAGUGUAACAGGCGCAGGUAUUGACCUUUGUCACACUGAAUGCUCUUUAUUCCAAGGUGGUACGAUAGAAUAUUGGCUAAGUCAAGUAAAGAGUUGGGUUGACGCAAAUCCAACGGAAGUCGUUACACUUUUGAUCGUCAAUUCAGACACUUUACCUGCAUCUCAAUAUGCUCAAGCGUUCCAAUCAACAGGCUUGGCAAGUAAGAUGUACACGCCCAGUUCUGGUGUUUUGACUAAACAACAAUGGCCAACGUUAGGAUCAAUGGUUGAUUCCGGGAAAACAGUCGUUGGCUUUUUGACUUCCGGCACAGAUACUUCUACCGUUCCUUAUCUGUUGGACGAAUUUAGCAAUAUUUGGGAAACACCUUACGAUCAAACAAGCGUUCCAUUCAACUGUUCGAUCGAUCGAAUUGGCUCAAACGUUAAAAGUACAUCGCAAAAUCUAAUGUACCUUUCCAAUCAAUUCCGUGAUUUGAGCUUGUUUGGCGGUGAUCAAAUCACAACACCGGAUGUGGCCAAUAUAGGAUCAACAAAUUCGGAAGCUACAACUUUAUCUUCUUCUGAUACUUGUGCUUCCGAACAUGGAUCUUAUCCUAAUUUCAUUUUGACCGAUUACAGUACCGUGCCAGAUUAUGAUUUUCCAAGGGCUGUCGCACAAAUGAACGGCGUUAGCUAUACUGCACCAGCACAGAGUAGCAACAGCAAUGGUUUAUCAAGCGGAAGCAGUCGUACAACAUCAUCAUUCUCCUCCUCAAUUGCUCUUUCAUUCAUUGCUCUAUCUUCAGCACUAGUCUAUUUCAUUUUGUGAUGUAUUUUGCCUCCUCCCCCAUUCACAAGGACAAUAUAUUCGAGCUUGCCAAUAUUAUCAAAAUGCUAUGGGUUAUCUGUGUGAUAUGUAUGAUGUGAGAUAUAAUAAAUUGCAGAUUAAUAAUUGAAAUAUACACAAA